UUUCUGCUUGGCUUUUUUUUUUUAAUUUAUUUUCUUUAUUUUGCUUAUGGUUUGUUUUUUUUUUUUUGGUUUUAUUUAUUUAUUUAUUUUAUAUUAUUUUUGCAAUAUUAUCAAAUUAUUAGCUUGUUCUUCUUCUGUUUGAUGAAAUGCCUCGCUUUGUUGAGUGUGCCACUACUUAUGUACGAUCGUUUUGUUAUUUGUUCUUUGUUUGAUUAUAUGGGUCGGUUCUAUUUGUCUAUGACUUUGUUAUUCUUGAUCAAAAUGAUAGUUUUGCCGGGAAGUUUCAGUUUCAGUGGAUUGAGUCGAAACUUAUUUGAAUUAUAGAGUUGUGCUUUUCUUUGUUCACGAUUUUUUUGUUAGGAUUUUUGGAGUAAUAGAAUGAAGAACUUCUAAGUUCUAAUGGGAUUUUACUUAAUUUUGUAGCUUACCAGACUGUAUUUUUAUGUUGGAACAUUUUCUGUCACUUCUUAUAUUGAAAAUUAUGCAUUUAGGAGAUAAUUUUACCCAUUUUUAUUUAUAUACUUAGAUAAGAGGUGAGGCAGGGCUAAGAAAGCAGAGCUAUUAAUAGUAAUAUAAGGUUUUAUGAUGUUUAAAUUUUGGACAAUUCCAUUUUGAUAGUUGGUUGCUGGUAGUCUCGGUGAACUGGAAUGAAGUCUAGCUUCAUUGAAAACCUUUGUUGCUUAUUAUUCAUGUACCCCCGCGACCCGCCAAUACCUUUUCAUCUGUUAUUGGUUCUUCAUUGGAUCCUUGAAGGAUGAUCAGAUAACUGAUGAUCAACGAAGAGCCAGUAUUUGAGGUCAGUUUGAAUCAUGUUAAAUGAAAUCUGCCGGAACAAUUCUCACUCCCCAAUAGUCCUUUACCAUUCUUUUUUCACUUUACCAGUACGCAUUUCUUUAAAGCUGCUGACUUCAGUCUUCUUGAAUUAUGCCUUCAGUCCUCUCCGUAUGCCAGCUAUAACUAUUGAUUUGAAUCAUCAGGUUGUAUGUUGGGUUUUGUUAUUAUCAGUAAGAGUUUGAAGGGUGCAUUGUUGAAGUGCGUAGCCAUUGUAAACAAGAGUGCAUUUGGGUCGAGGACCCACACGUGUUAUUAUUAUUGGUUACUUGACUUGUCCUGCUCCGUGUGGAUGAUGCUAUUGUGUUUUAAUUUCCUGAUUCUUCUUUCUUAUAACUUCAGUCCAAAUGCUUAUAACUACAAUAAAUAAUAGUGAUAAGAGUGCAUCAGCAAGUGGUUUUGUUGAUACAAAAGAGCAUGAGUUUUUAAGUCUUAAGUCUUUGAUGAAGUAUUUCUUGGUAUCAUAUAACAUUUCAAACUUACUGACAUAUGUGCAUUAUUUGGAUUACAUUCAUUCAUGGGAGAGACUGUGCCUGAAUACAUGCCUUAAAAUAGUUGGAAAAUUAUGAUCUGAUUCCUACAUAAGACCUCAGCUAUGGCAACCACAAAGAUCUACAUUGUAUACUACUCCUUGUAUGGACAUGUAGAAACAAUGGCACGAGAAGUUCAGCGAGGAGCUAAUGCAGUCCAAGGUGUUGAAGCAACUCUUUGGCAGGUACCUGAGACACUUUCUCAUGUGAUACUAAACAAGAUGAAGGCCCCUCCCAAAGCAAGUGAUGUGGCAGAGAUCAAGCCAGAACAACUUUUGGAAGCCGAUGGUUUUGUCUUUGGGUUUCCUUCUCGUUUUGGUGUGAUGGCGGCACAAUGCAAGGCCUUCUUUGAUGCCACUGAUGACAUAUGGAAAAAACAAGCACUUGCUGGCAAACCUGCUGGAAUCUUCUGGAGUACUGGAUUUCAUGGGGGAGGCCAAGAGCUUACCGCAUUAACUGCUAUAACGCAGUUGGCGCAUCAUGGUAUGAUAUAUGUUCCUCUUGGAUACACCUUUGGAAGUGGCAUGUUUGAGAUGAUUGAGGUGAAGGGUGGCUCUUCCUAUGGUGCUGGAACUUAUGCAGCAGAUGGAUCUCGUGUACCCACGGAGCUAGAACUCCAACAGGCAUUUCACCAGGGUAAAUAUGUUGCCGAAAUUGCAAAAAAACUCAAAAACUAACCUCCUUUGAGCAUAAGAAAUACACAUUUAAGAUGCUCUAAGAGUUUGCCAAUGUAGUGAAUGACAUACUUGAUACAAAGGUCAUUUGUAUUAGUAAAAUGAUAUCUUUUCAGUGGUAAGCUUCAUAUUAUUUACUUUUA